UGCAUACCUCACCAUGCCACCACACGCCCCCACACGGCACCUGCAGCUGGCCGCACGCCCUGGCCGCCGCGCCACCCACUUGCCGCCAGGAGCACCUCAGGGUCGCAAAGGCCGUGAGGGAAGCCGAGAAACGCCCCGUGAGUGAAUCUCCGGCGCACGAAAGGCUGAGAGACGUGUACGAUCGCCAGGGAAAACCAUUUUGACAUCUGAUCCGCCAGCGAGCGAGGGUCAGUUAUGGCGGUGAAGGUGGCGGAGUGGGGACGUGUUGCGAUGGCCUCUCCGGGAUUGUGUUGAUCUGGCCGACCUGCACGCUGGGGGGCCUUCCUGCACCACGCCCGACGCCUUGCCAAGAACGAGCAUGCAGCAGAGGGCCCCAUGCUGUUAGUGUCCCUAUGCAAAGGAUGGCGAGUGCAUACCCUGGCGGGCUGGGCGGCCCCAAGGAGACGCUGGAUGGCCUGGGUCCCGCUGGGUUGGGUGGGCUUGGUGGUGGCGGGCUGGGCGGGCUUGGCGUGGCGUCAUCGCUGGGCGGGGGCGCAGAUGCGCUGGGUCUGAGCACCUGCCCGCUGUGCCGCAGCCUGCUAGAGGAGGCGCGGGUGCUGCCGUGCCUGCACGCCGUGUGUGGCCCCUGCCUGGAGGGUCUGCUGGCAGCCCCCACGCUGGCCUGUCCAACCUGCCACGCCGAGCUGAACCUGGACCAACCGCUGGACGCCCUCAGCCCGCCGCUCUUCCUUCCCUCAAUCCUGGACAUGGUGUCCUCCGAGGAUGACCUGGGCAGCCCGCCCCCACCUCCCUCCUCUAUGGUUAGCCCGCCCCCCGCCCCCUCCAUGGUGAGCCCCUCCAACUCCCACGUGAACAGCCGCGACCAUCUGCUGCCCCGCCCGCUGCUGCACGGCGACCUGCCCCGCUCCUCCAGAUACCUGUGUGCCAGCUGCGACGACGGCCAGGCCGCCGCCUCCCGUUGCAGGGACUGCAAUGAGGCGCUCUGCGACUCCUGCGUGCGUGCACACCAGCGCGUGCGGCUCACCAAGGACCACUUCAUCGUGCCGCUGCCCGGGGACGAGGCGGGGGUGUGCAACACCAACGGCGGCAGCGCGCGGGCCCACCAUUACUCCGGGCCCGAAGAGAACAGCCACUCCCACCUGGGCCUGGCCUCGCCGCCCCCGCCCUCGGCACUGGGCGGCGGCGCCACGGCCUUGGGCGGCGGCGCCACGGCCUUGGGCGGCGGCGCCACGGCCUUAGGCGGUGGCGCCACGUCUCUGAGCGGCGGCGCCUCAGCCUUGGGUGGCGGCGCCUCAGCCCUGGGUGGCGGCGCCACAGCCCAGCACGGGUCUGGGCACCUGUUCUGCCCCAGCCACGAGAGCGAGGCCAUGAUGUACUACUGUGAGCGGUGCAGCGCCCCCGUGUGCCGCGAGUGCACGGUGCGGGAGCAUCGCGGCCACGGCUGCGUGUUCCUGCAGGAUGCUGCCGAGAACUCCCGCUCCAUCACGCUCCAGCUGCUGACGGACGCCCGCAGCGGCAUCCGAGCCAUCGAGGACAGCAUCGGCGUCACCAAGCGCAUGGUGGAUCGCGUGGAGCUGCGCGCCAAGGCCGUGGCCAGCGACGUGCGCUCCACUACGCGGCGCCACAUCUCGGCCUUGGAGGAUCGCGAGAGGAAGCUGCUGAGCAAGGUGGAGCGAAUCCGCCAAGUGAAGGGCAAGACUCUGCAGGACCAAAUUGAUGACUUGAGCACCGCGCUGGCUCGUCUCACCCACGCCGUGGAGACCAUCGGCUCCGUGGACUCUGCCAGCCAAAUGGAGCUGCUUCAGCGGCGCGAGAAGGUGUUGGUGGAGAUGAACGAGCUGCGGCAGAUCAAGGCGCACCUCAGCCCACAUGAGGACGACAACAUCACGUUCUCGCCGCCCGACGCCAGCCUGUGCCAGAUGCUCAACACCAUGGGCUUCGUGUCUUCGUCGGCCCACGCUGCGCACACCGUUGCCAGCGGCUCUGGCCUGAAGCGCGCGGGGCGGGGCAGGGUGUCUUCCUUUGUGGUGCACUGCAAGGACCACUUGGCGGACCAGCGCGUGGUGGGCGGCGACCCUGUGACUGUGACGGUGGUGGGGCCAGACGGCACCACGGCGCCGGCCGAGGUGCAAGACCAGAAGAGCGGCUCCUAUAUGGUAAGCUACAAGCCCCAGAUUGAGGGGCGCCACACGGUGAGCGUGAUGCUGCGCGGCUUGCACAUCCAGGGCUCUCCCUUCUCGGUGCCGGUGCGCGCGGGCCGCAGCUACUCCUCGGUGGGCCAGGUGCUUUUCACCAUCGGCAGCGAAGGCGAGGGGGAGGGCCAGCUGUGCCGGCCGUGGGGCGUGUGCUGCAACAAGGAGGGCUACAUCAUCGUGGCGGACCGCAGCAACAACCGUGUGCAGGUGUUCACUGCAGAUGGCACCUUCCAUCACUCCUUCGGGUCAGCGGGGUCGCGGCCCGGCCAGUUUGACCGGCCGGCGGGCGUGGCGGCAGACACCAUGGGCCGCAUCAUUGUGGCCGACAAGGAUAACCAUCGCAUACAGGUGUUCACCUUUGAAGGCACCUUUUUGUUCAAGUUUGGCGAGAAGGGCAGCAAGAAUGGCCAGUUUAACUACCCGUGGGACGUGUCCACCAACGCCGAGGGUGACAUCGCAGUGUCCGACACGCGCAAUCAUCGCAUCCAGCUGUUCCGUGCUGAUGGCUCAUUUGCCAACAAGUAUGGCUUUGAGGGCUCCCUGUGGAAGCACUUUGACUCCCCACGCGGCGUGUGCUUCACCCAAGAAAAUCACAUUGUGGUCACAGACUUCAACAACCACCGCCUGCUAGUGGUCCACCCAGACUUCCAGUCCGCCAGGUUCCUGGGCAACGAGGGCGUGUCUGAGGGCCAGUUCCUGCGGCCCCAGGGUGUGGCGGUUGACCAGGAGGGCCACAUCGUUGUGGCGGACUCACGGAAUCACCGUAUCCAGAUCUUCCAUCCAAACGGUGGGUUCAUGUACAAGUUUGGAGUACCGGGAUCUGCGCCGGGCCAGCUGGACCGGCCCAGCGGUAUCUGUGUGACGCCCUCGGGACUCAUCGUGGUGGUGGACUUUGGCAACAACCGGGUCCAGGUAUUCUAGGGCACAGCAGCCCCCCACACCACAAGUGUCUUCAUUUCAAGUUCCAGAGUACAAAUUGAUGAAACCUCGUACAAAUUUUGCAGGUAUUUUGUUCACGUGAAGGCUCGCGGUGCGAUGCCUGGCGGCCUGCUGGCAUCACCGCCACUACCUCAUUGUUGGAGAUAUGAUACAGGGUAUAUUUUAAUUAUCUGAGCCGCCAUGUAUUUGUACAUAGAGCUUUCAUCACAGCUGUGGACAGGUCUGCCUUGAUGUGACCAGGGGGCAGGACAAUACCCUGCCCCACUCAGGGAGGCUUGGUGCCGCUGAGGUCUGUGUGUGUGUUUGUGUGUGAAUGAGUGAGUGAGUGCUUGUAUGCAUGCAUGUGUGAGAGGGAUGUCCCCACAGGGUGAGGAGCAUGAGAGAAGUGCCUGUGUUGGUGUGUCAGGAGCCACUGUACAGUGCAGUUCAUGCCCACACAGUACAGGGCAGCAGCAGUGUGUCACUUUCAGUAUAAAUGGAUGUGUGAGUUGGUGUUGUGGGUGUGAGCAGGCAGCCCGGCGGUGCUGGCACUCCUUGGCACUGGCUCUAUGGCCAUGGCAACAAAACUUUUGAUCCCCUGCUCACCUGGAGGCGGGGUUGCAGUACAAUCAUGGUGAGGUUGGUGGGGCUAUGGGGCAGAGUGCGGCUGUUGUGGCGUGCUCCUGACAGUCUCUCUCUCUGCCCCCUACCUCCUCGGCCUCGCCACUACCUCAUGUGUAGGAUUAAGGAGCAAUUACUCUAGCCUUGUUGCUUUGAUGACAAAUCUCUUCCCCGUCCUGGCUGGUGCUGUGGUGUUGUGGCGCUGCGGUGCACUGGGGAGGAAUCUGUCCGGCAGCUUGGGCAGUACCGGCCGGCAGUACUGGGACGGGUCUGUACACGAUGGGAUCCAGACUUGGGGAUUUAUUAGUGCUUCUUGAUAGGAAGAGAGCGUCACGCCGUGACAAUAAUCAACAUGAGUGCAAGGCAGUGGCCAACCUUGGUGCCUCGCCCUGGGGUGGCGGCCCAGCUGGUGCAGGGUGGGCGGUGGGUGGUGGGUGCCGUGGGACCUGCCUCAAAGUUCCUCUUUAGUUAGUACGGGUGGGCCGCGGGGUGGCAGGAGUGGCAGGGGCGCCGCCCAGGGGGGUGGGGUGAGGGUGGAGGGACGGCCACUGCCACCUUUCGUCUGUCACUGGGAUGUCACUGUGGUUUUAACUUUUAAACUCUAAAAGACUCAAGAAUCAGUUUAUAUCCUUAAAUGAACCAUAGGUUUGUUAAGUAUUUUAAGAUAAAUUGUGCUUCCAGUACACUCAGAUUUUUAAAUAUAAUUUUAGCAAAGCUUAAAUAUAAUUGAUUUAAAAAGAUAAUUAUAAACUCAUGAAGUAUUUAAUCACAAACUGACAGUUAUUAGUACUAUAGAGUUGUGUAUAACGUUUACUUACUUCAGGUUUUAAAAGUGCUUUACUUACACAAAUUUGUAUAAUUUGGGAAAAUGAGAUUAGCUCCCACCUGAGUCAUGUUCUCCCAGUGUACCUGAGACCCGUGUCCUGCAGACAGGUGACCUGGGCAGGUGACAAUCACCACACUUGUCUAAAAACAUAACAGAUUAAUAUUGUGUGCGGAGCCUGAGAGGGGCAGUGCAGCUUCUUGCCAGCGGGGUGUGGAGGGGGUGACCCACUCUGUGGAGGGAAGGGGGCAGGACAGAUGCCAAGGUUUACAAUUCUUACAAUAUUGAAAAUGUUUGUACCAAGUCUUGAGUCAAACAGGGAGACGUUCAGCAUGGCGGCUUUGCCCUGAGAGUUGCCGCAGGAAGGAAGGAAGCAAGAUUCUGGCGUCUCAUUUGUUUGAUUUCUUGGUUGUGCCGACAGAGUUGGUGUUUUUAUUAUUUUUUAAUUUUUCUCUUGUGUAUAAAGGAGGGUGUCCAAGGGCCACAGACACUGAAAGUUUUUGGGGGAGGUAUGGGCGGGUAGGAGGGCGUGAGCAGCCAGGGGUGUUUUACCAGAUCUCAGUGGAAGGCCGCAGGAAUCUAGCUACCUAUUCAGUAUUGUAGACUAAUGCAGGGAGUCACCUUGUUCCUCAGUAUUCUCAAGUGAAUUCCCAAGCUACCUCACAAGCACUACCAAACUACCUCAAAUAGUAUAUAACUACCUCACAAAUAGUACAUAGCAAACUACCUCAUUGGUUGGCCUACACAGACUUACCUGUCCACUGGAGGGUCACCGGAUGACUCAAGGUUCACAGUGCAGCGACAGACGCGUUUAUUUUCCUAUUGUACCAGUCUCCCUCGGCAGCGAUUGGGAGUUAGAUGUAAGUACUUAGAGACACUUCACUGUCCACUUGUAUGUUAAGCAUUGAUAUUUUACUUAUGGGUAUUGUGUUUGUUUGUAUGCAGGUCUGCAUAGUGUGUGUGUGUGUGUGUGUGUGCGUGCGUGCGUGUGUUCUUAUGGCAGUUGGAGGAAACAUACGGGUUUUAGGAGCGUCCAGCGUGCUGCGCUGCAGGGGGUGCCGCCACCACCCUCCCUCCAGGACUUUGUGAUAUUAUUCCUGCUCAACACCUGGUGGGCGGAGCAGGACGCGGAGGACGGUGGCGGCUGCAGCACAGCUGUGGUGCUGUGUAGUUGCACAUGGGUAAAUGAGGGACUUGUCUUGUGUCUAGGAAGAUUUUAAGUGUGUCUGCAGGAAACUCUGUGCUUUUAUAACUGGCAGCUGGACACUGGCAUGUCACAGCAGACAGGCAUUGAACACUUGGCUGGGCGGCCAGUCAGGCAUGGAGAGUGUGGUGCACCACUGCCAGAGUGGGGGAGUUAGGUACAUAUAAGUUUUACAUACUAGAGUAGAGUGAGCAAAGUGUUGCUGAACAGCAGGACUUGGAAGUGUUGUGUUCAGAUCAAUGUAUUUUUUCAGUCGUAUGAAGAGUUUUCAUUCCUCAGAAAAUUGUAAAAUAUUAUGCAUGUUCUGUGUGUGUGACAACACUGCCACCACCACCACCACCACUAUUACCACAUCCCAAGUGUGGUUUGUCUUCACAGCAAUACUGUUUUGUGUAGAGACCAAAUUCUCUCAAGUCAUGUCCUGAGAUGCAGAAUUACUUAAAAGUGGAACAGUGUAAACCAGCUGUGAAGCAGCGCACAGUUGUGGUGGAUGUAGCAAUGGCGGUGGCAGGGACAGCAGAAGGCAGCCAUGGCAGCAACACCACAUCAACAUUCCUCAUACACCAGCAGCACACACAGGAGAGGCUUGUGUGUGUUGGUGAUGGUGGUGGUGGUGGUUGUGCUGCUGCUGCUACAGGUGCUUGGUUCAUGCCCACACACUUGUGGCUGCAGUAUAUAUUUGCUCAAACCUCAGCUAGUGUUGUGUGAGAGGCUGUGCUGAGCCUCAAGGCUUCUUGGGUGACAUUCAGGCUGGAAGCAGGCAAAUGUUUAAGGCUCUAUAUUGUUCCUAUGAAGAGUUUAUAAUAUAAUGUUGGUUUCAGUGGAAUAAGAUUUUAUCUAGAGUAUAGUUACAUUUCAGGGCCAAUGGUGCUUGUCCAGAAGAUCUAUUAUGUUUUUACUUGUAAUGAAAUGAUCCAGAAAUGUGUACUGCUGUACGACAGACUGUAUCUCAUUCAGUCUUGAAUAUUGCCUGAUAAGCAUUAAGGCUGUGUGUGUGUGUGUGUGUGUGUGUGUGUGUGUGUGUGUGUGUGUGUGUGUGUGUGUGUACACUUGCAAGGUCCAGUGACGUGUGGCACACAUGAAUAUGUCCCAUCAAGUUGCUCGCUCUACUGCUGGCUGAGGUGCAGCCGUGCCUCACCCCACAGAGUCGUGCUGCAGCGAGCAGGAGCUUCUCCUGCCCCAUCUCAGGUUAUACACUAAGUAGCUGCUGCCAUGUGAUUGUGUUAAGGGUCCAGCAGGCGCUGCCUCGCUGCCGCACGGCUCACUGGGGACGCCAGAAUGCACCGCCUGUAAUGCUCUCAGACCACUGGAUUUUGGCGACUGUGCAAUUACAUCAACAUGGAAUAAAUGAACAAAAUGUU